AUGAAAGGGGUAAAAUGGAACGACAUACAACUCAAUUUGGAAGCAGCACAAACGGAUCAUGGUACGGUGAGGAAUAAGUGGAUAGAACGGAAAAAUGAUAACGACGAAGAUCAGAACAACGUGGAAAAAAGAGACGACGUAGAUCAGAACAGCGUGGAAAAAACCGGUGACGACGUAGAUCAGAACAGCGUGGAAAAAAGAGACGACGUAGAUCAGAACAGCGUGGAAAAAACCGGUGACGACGUAGAUCAGAACAGCGUGGAAAAACCGGUGACGACAUCAGAACAGCGUGGAAAAACCGGUGACGACGUAGUUCAGAACAGCGUGGAAAAAAGCUGUGACGACGUAGAUCAGAACAGCGUGGAAAAAAACGGUGACGACGUAGAUCAGAACAACGUGGAAAAAAACGGUGACGACGUAGAUCAGAACAACGUGGAAAAAAGAGACGACGUAGAUCAGAACAGCGUGGAAAAAACCGGUGACGACGUAGAUCAGAACAGCGUGGAAAAAAGAGACGACAUAAAUCAGAACAACGUGGAAAAAAGAGACGACGUGGAUCAGAACAACGUGGAGAAAAGAGACGACGUAGAUCAGAACAACGUGGAAAAAAGAGACGACGUAGAUCAGAACAGCAUGGAAAAUUGGUGA